CUUUACUUCGGGCUAUACAAUAAAAUCAGCUUAAAAUUUGGCCAGUAUACUCGUGCCAGAAGCUGUCAGUUAUUUCAUUAGUACAAUACCAAGAUAUUGGAUAAAUUGAAUCCGUUUUACUGAUACAGUUUCUAUAAUUAUUUUGUAGUCCAACGCUUUCCUAAUCAUUAUUUACUAUCUAUGAAGGUUUAUUUCCCACAUAGUCUACAGAGAUAUUGUAUACAGCUGUUACUAAGCAAUGGUCUAAUUCUUAUUUCUAAAAUAGAAAGUUACGCCGAGAGUGAAUCCUUGCCAUAUAUUCUAAUUCGAAUUGGAGAGAUGUAUCGAAUGUUGAAAAAUACAAUGGCUAAUGCUAGUUCCUUAUUAUUAUUCUUGUUAUUAUUGCUAUCCUCACUCUACAGUUUGGGAUUUACCAUGUUUGGUUGCUCGAAUGUGUAUAGCUGGUAUCUUGGGUUUAUUUACCAGGAGCUGAAUGGAAAAAUGUUUGUCAAGCCAUUCUCUGUAAACUGGAAACCUAAAAAAGAAAAAGAAACCCGACCUUUAGUAAAGAGCAGCAUUGUUCUGCUUCUUGGAAAGAUCAGUAGUUUGCUUCAAAGUAUUGGUGAGCUUCUUGCUAAAGCUGGAUGA